AUGUGGAACCAUAUAAGAAGAAUAAUUCAAUUUUAUGAUGAUGAGAAGGACAAUGAGAGUGUUUUAAUAUUUGCUACUCUUUUAGAAGAGCAGAAUUUCUAUCAAAAGAGGCAUUGUAGGGAUUCCAUUUUACAAGGGGAAACGUAUGUUAUGGAGAUUUUAAACGGCCACAGAGAAAGAUGUUAUGAAAAUUUUAGGAUGUACCCUGAAGUUUUCAGAACAUUGCGUAGUACCCUGAAAGUAUAUCAGUUGGGCACCCAUAUCAUUGCCCCUCCUGAUUUUUCUGUGAUUCCGAAUAAGAUUAGAGAGUUUUCUAGGUUUUACCCUUACUUCAAGAAUUACGUGGGAGCUAUAGAUGGAACCCACAUUCCUGCAACUCUGCCAGCAACUGGGUGGGAAGGCUCCGCUAAUGAUUCGAGAAUCCUAAAAGAGUGUAUUGAGAAUGAGGUAAUGAACUUUCCAGCUCCACUAACAGGAUAUGCCAAUAAGCCUGGUUAUUUGGCCCUAUUUCGAGGUCAUACUUACCACUUUCAGGAAUACCGUAAGACUAGACAACCUCGUGGUCGAGAGGAAGUGUUCAAUCAUAGGCAUUCAUCUUUGAGAAAUAUAAUUGAGCGAUGCUUUGGGUUGUUGAAGAUGAGAUUCGCUAUUUUGAGGGUAAUACCUCCUUAUAAGUUUUCAACACAAGUAUUGAUUGUAAUGGCUUGUUGCACAUUACAUAAUUUCAUCAGAAAUCAGCAUCAGCCUGAUGAUUUAUUUGAUGGUAACGAUCCUCCUCAUAGUGAUGGUGAAGAUGAUGAGAUUGUUGAGCAUGUGCCUUCGGCUCAGCUUCGAGAAAUGGAUCAGUUGUGUAAUACUAUUGCUGAUCGAAUUUGGAAUUCUCUUCAACACUCUUAA